AGCAGUAGCACAGCAGCACCGUUUUAUCAUCAACCUCUAGUACCUGCGACCGCACGACAAUAAACUGUUGCCGAAAAAAAUUAAUACACUACAUGUACACUUCGUAGUGAUUUGUUUUUCUUUUAGUUGCAAAUCGAAAAAGAAACUGUUGUGAAAAUAGUGAAGGAGAACUAGGACCAGGACCACGGCGAAAUAAAGAAUAAAACUCAUAGCACGCCCACAUCAUGGCGCCGUUCUACUUAUACUACCUAAACCUACUCACCGCGACAUCCAUGUUCUUUGUCUUCGACGCCACCGGCGGGUGGACGACGGGUGGCGCGGUCUUAUUUGUACAAGCUGUGCGCUCGUUCUCCGCGAUGGCCCCGCUUGGGCGAGCUCGUAGUAGUACAGAAGAUGUUGCUGCUGCUGAACCUCGUGCUGCGGUGUCCCCGGCGGGGCCAGAUCUGAUCAUAAGCUUUGAGGUGAGUGGGGAAGAGAUAACGCGCCUUCCGUGGGAGCUGUGGACAGCGUUCGAAAGAAAUGCACCGUUCGAAAGCAUUGAGCUCGGGUGGAGAAACCUGCGAGUCCGUCUCGCCUGGGCCACCGCCCCCUUUGUCCGCAAAGCACAGGCCGAAAUGAGGAAUAUUGGAGCAUUUUCUUCAAAUAUCGAGAAGAACAAAGCCGAGGAGUAUUUGCAGGGCAAGCUUUUGGAGCACUCCAAAAUAGUGGGGGGCUUGGGCGGCAAGGGCAACUUGGCGGUUGUGAGGGGACGCUUCACGACCAAGCUGCCGCUCGACAAGCUAAGCGUUGCCGGAUCGGACCGCUUUAGCAGUGCCUACCAGCUCGCAGCCGAACACAUCACGCUGCUCGAUCCGCGCACCGGCCGCUUGGUUGAUAAAACGAAGGCGCUCGGGGUGGGCCCAGGAGACUUUUUCGAGGCGGAGCAGCAGCCUGCACUAACGAUUGUGAAGAGAAAGUUCUUAAUUCCAGACGAGGACGAGUUGGAUCGACUCAAUAGGCUCUUCGACGCAGAAUUGCCCGUUGAGGAGGUGAAUCUUCUGAGCGAUCUUGAAGAGAGUAGUAGAGAACUGGCGAGACGUAAUGCUGGGGGAGAUAGUCAAACAACUACUACAACUAGCGGCGCUGGUGCAGCUCCUUCUGGACGCGACGCGAGCCAGGAUGAAAAUGAGCCCGACGCAACGCUAGGCAGCACGAGCAACUCGAGUUGGUUAGUUCGCAGCUUCACAAGUCAUUUCCUUCGACUCGCAAUUGCUCCAACCGUGGAUCGGUACGGCAUGAAGAUGCCCAAUCCGGUAUCCCUGCAACAAAUUCACCGGGAACAAGGUGCUCAGGCGCCAGGUUAUACGUCGGUCGCGAUUCGUACAGCGCUCCGCGCCAGGAUUGACGCGGAGCAGGCCUUGCUGAUUUACGGUCCACGCGAAAGCUGGCAAGUGGAGAAAGACGAAGCAUCAGAGGAGGAGGACGAAGCUGGUGUCGUGGCCCGGGAAGCGUAGAUGAUGAGACAUCGCUAAAUACUAUUUCAUCUUCUCGCGACUGCCACCUUGAGCCCUCGUCACUAACUCACGGUACUAGUAACGGCUGUCGAUCAUUGAUAGUGUCGGUCUGAGGACGAGAAGCUCGAUCUUCAGGGUCGUCACAGUACUACCUCUUCCCGGGCUUGACUACUAGUUGACUUGAUCCUGAUGCAAUUGUCUUCCUAGAUGAGCAUCAGGAGCAAGAACAGCCAGAAGGCCGCGAGUCUGUUCAUCAUGUUCUUGGGAACGGUCCUCUACAAUACUUUUUGUCUUCGAUUAAUGACCUCUUUCAUUUGUUUUGGCUGGUACUUACUCGUUUUGGAAAUAAAAUGAAACAAUUAUGCUUGUUGAUUAUGAGGCAGGUUUUGAUGAUGCAUAAUUUUUACUCGCUUUACUACUACUGUAGUCGCUCUUACUCGCCCGCUUUCACGUGAAGCGAUCGACGCGAGGACUGAUUUUGAUACAUCCGUCGUUCUGAUGAUGAUGAAGGUGAAGAAACAGAAAGAGACCCGUUGUUGCCUGGACUGUAUUUUUCAAAAGAUUUUUGGCGAACGUCUUCUGCACGUCGACGUAGAUGAUGGCCAAAAUUUUGGAAAAAGAUGAAGAAGCUUCAUCGAAGAUCUCAGAUCAGUCACGACUUUGGAAAUGAUGCAGCGCCAAAUUUUUAGGUGCGAUAAUCUCUCAAGUGGG